AUUGCCAUCCUUACCCAUAUUCGUGGGAUUGCAAUUGGAAAUGAAGUUCUUGGUGGAGCAGAUCAAUCUCUUUGGGAAGUAUUGUUAGGUGCUGCGAAGAACAUUCAUAACGCUACGAAAACCCUUAAAAUCGACGAUGUAAUUCAGAUAACAACAGCCCAUUCGAUGGCGGUUUUCAAUAACUCGUAUCCACCUUCUUCUUGCACAUUCAAUGACAAUAUCAUACAAUACAUGAAACCGUUCUUGGAAUUCUUUUCCAAUAACGGCGCUCCAUUUUGUCUAAAUGCUUAUCCUUUUCUGGCAUACAUGGAUAACCCGAAUGAUAUUGACAUAAAUUAUGCGCGUUUUCAGACAACAGAUGGUAUCUAUGAUGAGAAAACUAAACUCCAUUAUGAUAAUAUGCUUGAUGCCAUAACUGAUGCAGCUUAUACUGCUUUGGAGAAUGCUGAAUUCAGAAAAAUGGAAGUUAUAGUUACUGAAACUGGUUGGGCUUCUCAUUGCGAUCAAAACGAAGCUGCUGCGAAUGGAACUAAUGCUAAAAUCUACAAUUAUAAUUUGCGGAAAAGACUGGCAAAAAGAAAAGGAACACCUUUGAGACCGAAAAAAGAUGAAUUGGGUAAUGCGGAGAAAACUGUAAAAGGUCUUGAGAUGAUGAAGGAAGAGCUUAAAGCAGAAAUAUCGGCAUCAAAGCUAAUAGAAUCGGAGGCAAAACAGAAGUUAUUGGAAGUUUCAAAGAAGGGUUGGAAGAAGAAGAAGAACUCGGAGAAACAGAAAGAGAACAACCGAAUUGGAGUAGCAGUGGGCAAUGACGGCUGCUUCUGCUGCUUUAGACCAUUGGUCAUCAUCAAACCAUCAUACGAUUUUCUGCUUUUCAGUGGAGAUAUCAAUCUGUUUGUCAAUCUUGAAGGUGAAAUUGAUCUCCUUAUCUUCGCCAUUGUGGUACUAGCAGCAGAUUGA